AUGCCCUGUGUCACGCGGAUUGUCUCGUCCGUCAAUCCGUUCAAGGAGCGCUUAACUGGCAACAGACGUGCUCAGAAUCGGGAGAUGCUGCGGCUCCAAGAGCUUUUCUUUGCAUGCCCCAACUUGAGGUCGUUUUCCAUCGAUGUAUAUGGUAACUACGGCGGCUGUGUUAGGAAGAUGCCGCUGUUCCCGAGAGUGCUGUGCUUCCAACUGACUGGGAGCGAGACGUUCCCGCCCCUGGAACACUUGUCACUCGAUGGAUACAAGUUUGGCGUCGAGGAGUGGCCUCAUUGGCGGCAAAAGUUCUCCUGGGGGAACUUGCGGUCAUUAAGUUUGGGGCCUCAGAAGUGUGAAGUGGUUUUGAGUCUGAUAAAAACCUGUACGCUGAAUCUGAAAAGCCUCAGGGUCGAGAAAUACUCAGACAAUGGACCUGGGGAUGUCCUUCCUGAUCUGGAAUCAUUCCUGGGGUCCUUCAACACACUGGAACGGCUGACUGUCAAUGGCUACUCUGUGUCGAGUGCUGGAAUCAGCAAUCAUCCUAAUCUGAAGCACUUCUGCAUGCACACCAUCGAGCCCUUUAACUCUGAUACCACACGGAAAACUCUCGAGCCGAUGGAGCUGUAUGACCUCGACAUCAAUUGUCCUCAUCUCGAAAGCUUGCAUCUGGACAUUCAGCGCGAUGGCGAAUGGGUAAGUGGUAUGAAUUCUUCUGUGGAGACCUAUACUGAUAUGGAACCGUCGCUUAGCCCCGAGAUAUGCUUGCAAUUAUCGCCGGUGGAUUCGAAAACCUUCGAGAGUUGCACCUCCAUUUCGAGCUCGGCCUCCACGAGCCCUCCAGGCAUGCAUUAUUCGGCACUGCUACAAGCAAAGACACCGAUGCCGGUCCUCUAG